AGCGUCUCUGCUGCUCAGGCUUCAGACUCUCAGUCGUCACUCAGACAUGAAGACUGCGUCCGUCUGUCUGCUCCGGGGUGUGUGUGUGCUGCUGCUGUCUGCACCGACUGUUUCUGCAGUGUCUCUGUCUGUCAGUCCAAACCUUCAGCAGGUCUUCAGUGGAUCUUCAGUGUCUCUGAGUUGUGUUGAUGAUGGACAGACAGCUGAUGGAUGGACAGUGAAGAUGACCAGCGGAGGACCCACUGAGGACUGUGGAGCAGCUGAGAUGAGUGGAAGUUUGUGCGUUUUGGAUCGUAACUCGUCCUACGGUGGAACCUUCUGGUGUGAAAGCUCAUCUGGACAGCAGAGCGAUGAAGUGUCCAUCAGUGUUUCAGAAAAAGGUGUGAUCCUGGAGAUCCCUGCACUUCCUGUGAGACCAGGAAGUGAUGUUACUCUGCAAUGCAAGAAGAAGAGUGGUGAAACAGUUCCAUCUUUUUUCUUCAUGAAUGGACGUCUCCUUGGGUCUAAAGCAGAACACGUUAUCCCUAAUGUCAGGCACUCUGAUGAAGGUCUCUACUGGUGCGCUUCUAACACAUUUGGAUCAUCUCCUCAGAGCUUUCUGAGGGUCCGAGGGUCUCCUAUAACUACUCUCAGAAAGUCCGUCCCUCCACCUCCAGUUUCUGAGGCCAGUUCUUCUCUGUCCACUCUUCCUCCUCUCACCAACUCUUCCUCCCCUUCUUCUCCCUCUGUGUCUUGGAUCAGAGUCAUCUGCCACCUGUUGGCCUUUUGCGUGUAUUGCAUCUGCACCAUCCUGCUCCUGUCCAUCUGCUGCAGCAGGAGCUCAGGUAACAAACAUGAUGUCUCCAUGGAGAUGCCAUUGGAUGUUGACGAGCAUGAUGACACCACUGAGCAUUAUGUUUGAGCAGAUGGAUCCUCUGAUAGAAUUAAAUGUUUCUAAAGCUGAAAACUCUGAAGUCCUCACUCUGAGUUUCUCAAUCAGAACCUGAUCUGUUCACUGAUCGAUCAAUAACCCUCAAACUACUGAUGAAUUACUGAAUUAUUGGAUGAAAGCUUUGUUUGACAUUGUUAGCAUCUUCAAACAUUGAAAUCUCUGUGCACCUCUCUCAAGUUAUUUACUGCAUUUCAUUUAUUUACCACUGAUUCCCAACCUUUGGGAGCCACGGCACAUAGUUCACAUUGGAAAAAUCACACCACCAACAAAAAUAUCACAGAAAGUAUAUUGAUAGUUUUUCCCUGCACACCAGGUACAGUGGUAUCGGCUCGGUUUGUCCCCAGUGUACCUGUUUUACUUUCUUCUGACCACUACUCCUGCUAGGACCUUCAUCUGC